UAGCGAAGAAGAAGAACUGGUGGGAAAUUUGACUAGUGCGCGAAAACACGGACUGUACAGUAUACAGUUUUUUUUUCUCCUACUUGCUUUGCUCCUCACAAAUGAUUCCAUGAGAUGGACCGAUAUGUGAUGGUUGUGUCUUUUUCUCAAGCUAAUGGCCACCAGCAGCAGGUUGCUGAAUAUCUGGAGCCAGUGAAGCAGAUAUAUAACAGACUGGAGUACGUCUCAAGUCAGGAAUCGGUGAGAGGGAUCUCUGUGUUCCCAGCGUGUUCUCUCAGUGGCAGCCCGUCAGCUCAGAGGUGGUACUUUGCUGUCCAGGCUUGUCAGGGAGCAGCGCAGUUUUGCAGCUCUGAUUGGGAAGAGCUCGGGGCAGGAGAUCAAAAGACUGACAAUGAGGAGGAGAAGCCAAACGCCUUGGAUUUGUGUUUUAGUUCUCUGAGUGAUCAGGAGGGAAACGACCAGCAGGCCGACCAGCAGACGCUGACAGAGCUGUUGGCGGAGGCAGCAGAGGGACUACACCUACUGUCAGACAAACUCCCACCUCCAGGUAAAGCACUGCUGGAUGUGAUAGUGUUGGGCUACGCUGAGCAGUGCCCCUCUUUAAAAGACCUGCUGCCUCUGCUGGGAGCCCUCAAACAUUUGGCCUGCUGGCACACUGCUAAGAUCACUGUAGUCACACAGCAUGCCAAUGGGUGGCAGAAAGCAGCGUCCUACCUGAGUGCUGGUCUGGUGGAGCCCGCUGACCUCGACAGCUGUAUUGACCACAGGGAACUGUGGCGGGGAGGCCUGCUCAUCAGAGAGAAGAAGUGUGUGUCGGAGCUGAGUUUUGAGGGCUUCUGUCUGCGCUCUUGUCAGAGAUCGGGCUCCAGUGUUUUGCAAAUUCCCUGCACCACUACAGACCACAAACUACAGUCUGAGGUCUUCCAUUACUACAGACCAGUUCUAGACUUGGUUCAGUUGAUUACUCUGUCAGAUCUGCCCAGCUUCCUGCUAUCCAGCACCCAGUUUGAACUAGGCCUGUCUGGGACGUCACUGAAAGCUAAACUACUAUUGGACCAGCUCAGGUCACUGCGUGGAAAGGUGGGAGCUUUGUUCUGCCUGUCCUGUAUAAUCACCCCUGUAGCCCAGCCUCCAGCCAGCCAGCUCAGCUCACAGCGCUGGAGAGAGUCUCUGGCCAGGAGACCCAAGUCACUGCCUGUGCCUGAGGUGGAGCUGAAAGGUGAGAGUGCGCACUACUUCCUGUUGGUCCAGGGCUCAGAGGCCUGUGGGAGUGGAGCCUGCAGGGUCCGGAUGAUACAUUCAGCCAAUCAGAUCAAUGGAGCGGCUGCUAUGGCAACACUCACCGGGUUGCUGAGAGAGAAGUCUCUGUCAUCAUCAGGAAGAAAUGUUGGCAACAGUCUCCGCCCUCUGCCUUGUUUCCAAGGAGACAGCUUGCUGAAGAGAGAGAGGAGGGUGACCCAGGUCCAGACACUGGUACUCAAAGAAUGUCUCAGACGGCGGGUGGAAGCAUCAUCCCAAGCCUCCAUACCGGUCAAUGACCUGAAGGUCCUGCUGAGUCUGGCCAGGGAGCAGUACCUGAAGAUGACUGAGUCAGCUCUGCCCUCUGCUGCCCCCUGUCUGAUGGAGGACCCAGACAACACAGCCUCCAAGACACCAGAGUUUAAGAGUGUUUCCUCUCAGCAAUCUGAAUGGCCAGAGAGGAGUGUCCUCCACAACAUAGAGAACCUGCAGAGGAGACGACAGAAGAAGAGGUUUGGUCUGUUGUCAGGCCCUGGAUCCAGUGACAGCCUGCUGGGUCCUAAAGACAGUCAAAAGGCUUCCUCUGCUCUAGAUGCCAAAGAACUUUUAAAGCACUUCACAUCUGAUGGCAUGCCCACUGGGGAGCUGCAGCCACUGGCCAUCCACAGAGGAGGUAAUAAUGUGUUUCAGUUGUCACCAGACCUGUCUCCCAGGAAAGUCAGCCAGAUGCCCUUCAGCAAGGCCACGGCCUCCCGCUACCAUGGCAUAGAGUUCUGCCUGGACAACCAGCAGGCCUUGGACCGGGACCGGGGGUUUUCACGACUCCAGUCUCGUCUGAUUCGCUACGAGACCCAAACCACCUGUUCCAGGGAGCCCUGCCCCCUUCCCUUUGCUCUCAGCCCCGCCCCCUCUCCUGCUGUGAUGUCAGAGCCAGGAAGUGUGCCUGAUGGAGAGACGCUGCAGAAUGCAGAUGUGGCACGUCUCAAGCGCAGGUCCUGGGACACUGACAUCACAGGAGGAUAUCCUCGCAAGAGACUGGCCAAGUCAGAGAGCAGUGACUCUCUCGGCUCUCAGAGCAGCAGCAGCAGUGGCACACACCCCUCUGUGAGGUCACUACGACAGCAGCCAAUCAGAUCCCAGUCCACGUCGUCCUGCACCUCCUCCUCUGCUACAGGCUCCAGAUGGACAUCCUCAGGUGUGGUGAAUCCCUGCACUGCUGACAAACCUAAACCCACACAGCAGAAAACCCCUCAUAAUGAAACAGUGGACAAACCUACCAAGGAGUCACGCUCCCAGAAACACCACAGGAUGCUGAGGGAGGUUGUAGCAAAAACACUGAAACAACACGGGAUCACUGCCGAGCACAAGCACUUUGAUGCCUGCAGCCAAAGACUGUUUGAAAUCUCCAAAUUCUACCUCAAGGAUCUGAAGACAUCUCGGGGACUGCAUGAGGAGAUGAAGAAGGCUGCCAGCAGCAACGCUAAACAGGUCAUUGACUGGGUGCUGGAGAAGGCCUCAAAGAAAUGAGGAGCCAGAGAUAAAGUGAACAAACUGUCUGUUUUGAUUUACCAAGUUUUAUAAAGCCACAGCAAGCUGGUCCUUAACUGUGGCAGCCCAGGAUGUUGUGAAUCAUUUGCCUUCAGCUAAAAGGAAACUUUCUCUUCCUUGUUAAUUAUUGUGUUUUUUAAAAAAGUUAUCAUUUUAGUUUCACGGGUGAAGAAGUGGUCCAUUUGAAAAAUGGUGUGUUACAUUUCCACACAGCAUGCGUUUAAAAGGGCCUGCUCAUGAAUGCACAGCCUGCUGGAAGAUGACAGAGGCUGUGCUGUGAUCGCAGAUGUGCCAAAAUCUUCAGCCUUCAGCCUCCCUGAUUAGUUUUGAAUCAUUACACUAAGCUUGUUUUAAUGAAUUUAAUCCUGCACUUAAUUCUAUUUGUUUCUUUUAUGGAGAAGAUCAUACAGAGCCGCGCCAUUUCAGGGAUGUAUUGUAUGUGUUAUGUACGCAGGCAAGCUUUUCGUCUGUGUGCAUCCACCCUGACGUCCCAACUGUUCCAGAUAGUCAUGAAAACAGAACAGAGUGUUCACUGGGACAAAUCUGUGUAGUACACUCUGCUCUGGCUGGAGCCACCCAGAGACCACAAGGGCCUAGAGCUGGCAGGAACACAGCAGGACGCACUCGUAUCAUUUCCUUGUUUUUGCUGUUUAUGGAAAUUAUUUUUAAAUAUUUUAUAAUAUUUCUCUGAACUUUUUCAUGUUGUUUCCAAAUUGCUGUAUUUUUAGGGUCUUAUGACUGUAUAUUUUGUUAUCAUCUUUAUGUUGGUCAUAUUUUAACUGUUUGUAACACAAUAAAGUGUUUUUGAAUCAUG